AUGGACCGCGCGGCGAGAUUGGGGAAGCACGAUGUGCUCAAGUGGCUCCAUCAUAAUCGCACUGAAGGUUGUGCAAGUGCGGCAAUGGACAACGCAGCGGAAAUAGGCGAUCUAGCGGCUCUUCGUUGGCUCCACAAGCACCGUUCGGAAGUAUGCACAGUAGGGGCAAUUGACGCCGCAGCUGCUAAUGGACACUUAGACGUUGUACGCUGGCUUGUCAAGCACCGUCGUGAAGGUUGCAGUGUGCGCGCCAUUGAUGAGGCAGCAUCGCGAGAUCGUUUGAAGGUGAUCAAAUGGUUGCAUGAUGUGCUGGAAGCAAAUUGUACCACAGCAGCUAUGGACUCGGCUGCUGAAUAUGGACAUCUUAAGGUGGUAACAUGGCUUCACGAGAACCGAUCGGAAGGCUGUACAGAACGGGCAAUGGAUGCGGCUGCUGGGAAUGGACACCUGGACAUUGUUGUGUAUCUGAUGAUGAAUCGGUCCGAA